ACACAAGUCCACAAGGGAAAAGGAAAAUGAGAGGUUUAGUAAGCAACAGGAAAACCGCUAAGAGAACGCAUUCCAGAGCAGACUCGGUACGGGACAAUAAGGGGUGGGACAAAACUCUCUAUACUAUUUAAAAAUCUCUAAUCUUGCCUUUUAAUCUCAAACGCGACAGUGUUCUUACUUUUACAAGAAGUUCCUGUCACUUGUGAAGAAGGGAAGGCGGAAGGAGAGCCGCGACCAUGUUCAUGUUGUGGGUUUAUCAGCGCAGAUUUAGACCGAGAUGAGAUAGGCUUCAGCUCGCUGUUCCUUCGACCUGCCGGGACCCAGACGGCCGCCUCUGCUCCUUUAUUUCACUCACGCACCAGUCAAAGCCUUAAUUUAAUGUGUUGUUGUUGCUGCUUCGUGGACUUUUUUCCUUGACUGAAUGUUCUUGAAAACGAACUUUACGCAGAGAACGCGUCAGUGGAAGAAGGAUGUGAAGAAGCUCUCUGGAAAUGCAUACAAACUAAAAAGAAAUCUUCAGAUUUUCUCUUCUUUUUUGGCGGGGGAGGACAGAGGAGCGCUUGUGUGCCUCUAAUAUGUGGCGUUUACGUCUGUCAAGUUAAAAAGGAAAACAGAGAUGGGGAACUGUGCUCUGCUCACAUUGGUGCUAGCUGGACUGUUACUUUGGAUUUCUAACACACGUGCAGACAGCAACGAUGAUGCAAAUGACAGGAAGCUGCUGUGCACUUGUGAGAACACUAAAGGCACAUGUCAGAAUGGAACUUGCACCGGUGACUACUGCUUCUAUACGUGGGUGCACGGCGAAGAGGAAAGGGGGUGUUUCUCUAAGAAACACUACAGAGAGCAGUGCUCAGGCUUCUUCAAGGGAUUUUUUGUCAGUUGCUGCGAGGAAAACGAAUGCAAUGCCUUAAUGACACCGCCUCCAAAUAUAAAUGGGGAGCCAACAACAGUUUCACCUCCAGAGCCUCUCCACCCAGAGAUGUGGAUCAGUGUGUCUUCCCUGCUCCUACUCACAACCAUAAGUGUAUUAGGCUUUGUGCUUUUCCUGCGCUUUCGACAUACACCCUGUAGACUAAAAGACCCUGAAGACCAUGACACCACCCUGAUCAAAAUUCCCACUGGAGAGGACCCAUCAUAUGGAGAUAUUUUCAAAGAGUUUUGCACAUCAGGAAGUGGGACAGGACUUCCAUAUUUGGUUCAGAGGACUAUGGCUAGACAAAUCUCACUUGUUGAAUGUGUUGGAAAAGGCAGAUAUGGGGAGGUGUGGAGGGGAACGUGGAUGGGAGAAAGUGUAGCUGUCAAGAUUUUCUCCUCUAGGGAUGAGCAGUCCUGGUUUAGGGAGACAGAGAUCUACAAUACUGUUCAGCUACGCCAUGAUAACAUACUUGGUUUUAUAGCCUCAGACAUGACCUCCAAGAACUCCAGUACUCAGUUAUGGCUUGUUACCCACUUUCAUGAAUUGGGUUCAUUGUAUGAUUUCCUGCAAUACAGCAGCCUGGACCCAGAGAGCUGCUUGAGAAUGUGUCUCUCUGUGGCCUGUGGCCUGGUCCACCUCCACACUGAGAUUGUCAGUUCCCAGGAAAAGCCAGCAAUCGCCCACCGUGACCUUAAAAGCAGAAACAUCCUUGUGAAGCGGAACGGACAGUGCUGCAUCGCUGAUCUAGGUUUGGCUGUGAUCCACACUCAGGCUCAUGAUUCUCUUGAUGUGGGCAAUAACCCUCGGGUUGGGACCAAGCGCUACAUGGCCCCUGAGGUCCUGGAUGAGACCAUUCGUGUGGACGUCUUUGAGUCUUACAAACAAACUGACAUCUGGGCUCUGGGCCUGGUAUUUUGGGAAAUAUCCCGCAGAACUAUUGUCAAUGGGAUUGUGGAGGACUACCGUCCUCCUUUCUUUGACCUGGUGCCAUCAGAUCCCAGCUUUGAGGAGAUGAAGAAGGUUGUGUGUGUGGAUCAGCAUCGGCCCAGUCUGCACAACCGACUCAACUCCCACCCGAUCCUGUCAGCUCUUGUGAAGAUCAUGAAGGAGUGCUGGUACAAGAACCCGACAGCGCGGCUCACAGCCUUGCGGGUUAAGAAGACUCUCUCCAAGUUGGACCUUGACAGUGACUUUAGUCUCAGCAAAGUCAAGCAGGACAUCUAAGAUGAUCUAGUACCAACACUUCAAACCUUGCAGACUUUGCAUCAAUUUACAGCAGCAUAAGCAGCAGAUGAUUAGCAUAGAAGGAUCUACUGACUCAAACAGUAUUACCUUUAUAUGAAAAACAAGACUGCAUCCACUAAUGAACUAGUUUUCCUCCGCCAUGUGUCUGCUAUUCCGGGCAACACCAGCUCCAUAGCCAAAGUUUCUCCACAGCCUUGCUCAUUACUGUCAACCCCCAACCCCGAACAUGAUGACUAAAUGGAAAACCUGAAAUUGCACACAUUCCUCCAAAAGGGAACCUUAUUUACAGAGGAAAACUUUUGACCAAAACCACUGAGAACCACAUCGCACAUGAAAGUUUGGUUAAUUCUCUUGACGAAUUCUAUGAAACUUGUACAGAAUAUUAUGCUCACAAACAGCAUGUUGCAUAUUUAAGUUAAAUAAAACAAGCAUUUACUAGCAGCCACAAAGGCAAAGUUAUCUGUUAAGUUGUAUAAAUUCAAUUGACCUUAAGACUGUAUGGAUUAAAUGGUUAUUAGGAAUGUUUUAUAUUCUAAAAGGGUUUUUGAAAGAAUUUUUUUUUGUAAUAGUUAAAUAUAUUUUCCAUACUUUUUGGACUCACGUAGAUUUUUUUCUUUUUACAAUUUUUAUAAGCUAAAAAUGAACCAUUACAAUCACCUUUGUCUGUAAAACAACUCACAGAAACCUGAUGUAUUUACAUUUUGAAUAAAGGAAUGUAUUUUUUAA